AUGUCCAAAAACUCCCCUCGAUCAAUUGCCAGCGCUGGCAGCGAGUCCGCAGGAAGCAUACGCCAGCGCUCGACCGCCCGCGCAGACCGCUCAUCUUCAAAUCCAGCUUCCCACGUCGGAGACAACUAUGAUACCGCGCUUCCGUCCAUGGAAUUCCACACGCAGCCAGCUCUCACUCACCGCCGAACGGGGAGUACGCUGAAGACAGUCAUGCGCAAAAUCUUUAAUCGCAAACGACAGAGCCAGGCCGAUGAACUGGAGGAGACCCCGUACGAAUCGGCGCUUGCAAUGCCCAGGAGGAACACUGGACCCGUCCGAGGAAGACCAUUCCUGGCAGUGCCGCCGCCGUUGAAUCUGACUUCGAAUCGAAGUAGCCCGCUCUCUGCGGAAAACCUCCAACUCGCGGAAACGCACUUGUCCCCGCUUUCUCCACUAUCCCCGGCGUCCAUGCACUCACCCGGUAUGCCGCGCCGGAGGCGUGCCACGCUACCUAGCGUGAUUUUUUCGGAUGAUGAAUCGCGCUAUGCCGUGGCAUCGACCGCAAUAUCAGAGCCCCGGGAAGAUAUGAGCCACGUGCAGGAGCGAAGACAUAGUCUUCUCUCCAACAGGCUGUCCAGAAGCACCGACGCGUUGCAGGCACUGACGGAUCGCCAACCAGAGGUUAUCACCGCUUGGCCGCCUCGCAAAUCAAGCGCCCAAGCAGGUUCGGCGUCCGACUCCAAGUCUCCGCGCUAUGACGAGAGUUCCAACAGCGGCCAGUCUGGCAGGCCGUCAACGGGCACAACCGUAACCAGCGUAACGCGCGCGUCUGCCGCUCCAUCGGUGACAGAAUCCGAACACCAAGAACCCGCCCUUCCCUCCAACCUAGCAAGUCUAGUACAUACCAUGCAACACGACGAUAGCGCCACACUAGAACAACGCCUAACCACCCUCGAAGUGAAAAUGAUAGAUUUGGAAUUUGCAAUCGCGAGAAUGCAAACCAAUGACUCCGACCCCCGCCAAAAGCACCCACUCUCAGACUCCCUCCCCCGCAAACCGGGCUUCAUAUCACCCUCCGAUCAAACAAGUCCUCUCCCCUCUAUCCGCCCCUCCAGUACAUCCACUAUCCGCCCUGAAAGAUCCCUUCGCCCUGCCCCCUCCGCCUCAUCCCUCUCAGACUACCAGGGCGUCUCAAUAGAACAAUACAGUGCCCUAGUCACACUGCUCCGCCGUGAACAAACGGCUCGCAGGAAUCUCGAAGGCCAACUUGGAAGCCUGAGAGACGAUGUUCGUCUCCUGCAGCGCGCAGCCAUGGAAUCUAUUCAAUCAGGAAGCAUGCAACCAGUGCACACAACUGAUUCUCCCGAAUUCUUGCGUUUCAGGCGCGCGCUAGAUGACAACUCAUUACCGUUGAGAUCGGAGGAAAAGCUCGACGCAGACUCCGAAUGGGAUCGCUCGAUUUAUUCUCGUGAUGAUCCCAUUGGCCCAAAAUGGGAGAGACAGCGAGUUGUCACGGCCCCAAUGAUUUGA